UAACAGCUGAACACACUGCACGAGAGAGAACUGCACAAUUCAGCAGUAAGCCAUUGAGGGAGAGAGAGGGGGUUGAGAGACAGUGAGGAACAACGUUGCAGCCAAGGAAACCAAAGAAACACUCCUCUACCGAAUUCCCAAACCCUGGCCAGAGAAGAGAAGAGAAAGAAAAGCAGCAGGGACAAAGCAUUCUUGGCUUUCAGUUUAAAAGAAGAGGAAAAAGAAAAUAAUGCGUUAGGCUGAAUCAUUUGCUUAAUAUACAAAUUCAAGGAGAACAACGUGACAGGACAUUUUUUUUUUUUUUAAAAGCUCCUAAUACAAAGUGAAGGAUUGUAGAGCAACGCUGCAUCUGAAUGCAUCUGGGAGAAGGAGGGAGCAGAAACAGGACCAAAGCGACAAUGAGGAUCAUGAAUUUGAUGCUUUCACUCAGCAUCCUAUUCCACAGUGCAUUUGCAGAAACCACUGCAGCGAGUUCUCCUUCUAUCACUGCUGGGUCCUCGUCUACUAGUGGUGGAGGCACAUCAUUCAAUCUUAACCAGACACAGGCAACAGUUGCAGUCCCCACGGCAAAAAAUACUGCUGACAAGGCGACUGCAGAGCCUCACGUUUUUACCCAAACACAAUCCCAAACUUCCACCACAAACAACCCAUCAUCAUCUCACAUCAGCAUCUCUAGCGGUCCUUCCACUGUUGCCCAUGCUGCUGCUACCUCAAGCCCCCCAAAGGCUACAAUACCAGUUACAACUGUUGCAACAGCUGACAGUGGCGGAACAUCAGUGGGAUUCCCUACUACUGUCAAAGUACAGUCAACUGAAGCUGAUGUAGCUAGUACAAACUCCAGGACUGAGCCAUCGGUCAUUCCAACAACAAGUCCAUACCAUGCAGAAACAUCAAAUACCCCAACACAUCCUACAACAGAACAAACUCAUGCAGCCAUUACCAAGACAAGUGAAGGAGACACAAAGAAAACAACCGUUCCAGUUACAACAAACUUUAGGACCACAGAGACUGGGAAGCCAGGGACCACCAGCACCCCCCCCACUCUGACAACAGGAUCUACUGUACCUGAGAACCUAAGUGAAACAACAUUACUGCAAACCUCUACUGCCGCCACCACAGAUCCUCUGCCAAAGAUUUUUCUGUAUUCUCUAAACAGCAGACCUGAGAAAGAGAAAGACAAUGAGCUGGUGGAGAUGUGCAAGCGGCUGAUGGCAAAUAUGCAGGAUGGGAACUGCACCCUGAUAUGGAGGCAUAAAAAUGGCAAAGUACAGAUUGACUGCAUGGAAAUAAAUGGCAAAGUGAAAACCAGCAUCAUAACCCAGUAUUAUGAGGAAAUCUCCAAGAAACCACCAGAUAAUAAAACCCUGAUAGCCAUACUGGCCUCAUGUGGAGCCCUGCUCAUCAUGAUCUUUAUCCUUGCCAUCUGUGCCUCUCACCACCGCAGGUCAUACAAUGAGAACCAGCAACACCUUACAGAGGAGCUGCACACUGUGGAGAACGGUUACCAUGACAAUCCCACACUGGAAGUGAUGGAGGUGCAGCCAGAGAUGCAGGAGAAGAAGGUGGCGUUAAAUGGAGAGUUCAACAAUGACAGCUGGAUUGUCCCCAUUGACAACCUGCUGAAGGAGGACAUACUCGAUGAGGAGGACACCCACCUGUAAGGUGCAGGGACAAAGAAAGAGAAAAAGAGAAAAGAGUGGGAUAACAAGACCUGGUCAGUUCCAAUCCAGACAAACAAAAGCAAUCACAUUUCUCAAUCAAUGCCAGCCCGACCAGCUAGUCUGACACUCCUGACCCUCGGAUCCUCUUGCUUGACAGGACAUGUAAUUAGACAAGUAACACCCACGAGUACUAAGCCACCACAAUAAUGGUGUUGACCUGCUCUGUUUGAUCCAUUACUGGGAAAUAGGGGUCAAAAUUCAAACACUGAUGAUGCAGAAACAAUAAUAUGAGAUAUGUCGAACAUGAAAAAGUAAAAGGCAUUUGUGUUGGCACAAAAGUGCUUAUACAAUUGUUUAAAUACAAGUUCUACUUCACUGAGAGCACAAUUCAAAGAUGUUUGUAUAAUUUAUUACACAUAUUCAUUCAUUCAAAAAAUGCUGAAAGAGUCUCAAAACCCUCUUACAAAAACAGUUUUGUGGAUGUUUUUUGCAUUAGCUUUUGCAUGCAGACAGGCCCAAACUACAUGCUCCAUAGGUUCAGAAAGCAGAUCACACCAGUAACAACUGCAUCAGCUGCUGCCUCAACGGUUCCAGAGUAACCACCUAACCAUCUCAGGACACUUUAAAGCAUCCAGGGGAUUUCCACUACUGAAUGUGGGCCAUGAGGAAAACUGAGCAUGAACAUAAUUCAUAAAUUGCAGAGCUUAAAGCAGAUGCAAUUGCAGGACUAAGAAACACUUUUAUCAAAAAAACUAUAGGAUUGUAGGGUGUAUGAAAAGCCAGAGGGGACAUAUUCCAAAUAUAUUUUGUCCAUAUGAUAACACAAAGGACCACAGCAAAAACAUUUGUUUGUUUGUUUUAAAGUUGUGCGUAUGGGUGGAGAACUUGUUCCAUCGAUCAAUUUUCUUGUAUUUUGAGUUGUCUUACAAGUAUGAAUAGAAUUUAAACAACUGUCUUUUUUCAAUUUUACUUAAGCUCUUUUUACUAAUUCUGUAUUUCAUUCAUUUGGAGCAAUACAUAUAAUGUAAAAAUGAUCCUGCUAAAUGUUUCAACAUGUUGGCCUUUAAAAAAUUUCCUAAAAUUAUUUAUUCUUAUGCUUUAGGUUUUUUCUUUAACUCUCUGCCUCAUGACACAGAGUCUACCGACAGAGAGGAAUGGAGCACUCAUACGGGCAGCGUCAUGAGCCGUGGUAGAGCACAAAGAUGGUGUUGUGAAGGCAAAAUGGAUGUGACUUGACACAGCUGGUGGCUGCUAUGCACAUCAAUUAUUUUAGCCUGCUUCAUAUAGUAUAACAUUACAAUAAAAGGUGUCCUGAUCCAGCACCAGCAGAAAAACAUGCCAGUGUAACGACAUCUAUUACGGCACAUAUUAUUUCAUCAAAAUCAGUGACAGGGUCCUCCCCCAGUUGCAUCCAUCAAAUGCCCUGCUGUGGAAAGGAAUUAUUUUCCUAUCAAAACAUUUCAUCUUUAUUUCAGAGACGGUGCGAUACACAGGUGACCGAGUAUUAACAGCACUGAUUUAGUUAGUCUCUUGAGUCCACUGCCGAUGCUGCUAAAGAUUCUAGCUUUUACUCUUUGGAUAUCUGAAAACAGGAGCAUUUAUUUUAUUUUUAUAUUAUUGCACUCCAUAAAUUCACAUAGCUAAGGUUCAUAAUGUCACAUUACACACUUUUUUGAGGUUAGGAGCUGUGAAUCUAACUUGCCAUUUUCAUACAGACUCCAGACAGUACUUAUAAUGUUCUUGCAUGAGGCUCAAUGAUUACAUGCUCACAUUUUCUUAGAUUUUCUUAGUCACCUCUUAGACCACACUUAUCUUUGGAUUUAGGCCUCAUAGUUGCACAAAAAAACUAUUUUUGAAACAAAUUACAUACCAAAUCAUUAAUUGAUAGCUAUUGAUCAUGAAAAUAACUAUUAGUUGCAGUGGAGUCUAACCUGUUCUCCAAUCUGGCCUUCCAUUAUAAUAAGAAAUAGAAUACUUUGCCUUAUUUAAUAUAUAAAUAAUAGUAUUACAGAAGCAGGCUUGCCUUUCCCCACCAUUUCCAGUCCUUUCAGCUAACUCUCAUAAAGAAAGCAACAAUACUAAACUACCCCUCCAACAUUAGUGCCAGACAUUACCUGAAGCUUACUGUGGUGUUUGUCCUAUCCCCCAUUUAUCAACAGGUUUCAGUUCACUUCAGAUCCAUCUAACAAGUGUUUUUUACAGUAUGUCACUGCUUCAUGCUCAUCAAGGUGAUUUUCACAAUAGUCUGCAAAGCAGGACACAAACUGAAAGCCACCAGUCAAGUGAUAAACCAGUUAAUUUCAGAAAGAAUGGAUGGAUUGUCCAUCCACUAAGAAAGUUUCUUGGGAGAGUAUGUCCAGAUUAUAAACUUUUGAAGCUAUCGGAUGACACUUUUUCCUAGAAAAUAUUACAAAACUGCCACCUACUCAGUCCAAUAUCUAUUAUUAAAAAUAAUGUACAUUGGCUAGAUGCCGAUCAACACUGGUAUUGGUAAGUACAGACGGUGUACCAAUAACUGUGCAUGUAUUUGACAAAGGCUGUAAAUAGUAUGUAAAGGGUGUCGUUUUCACAGUUCUUGAUGCUUAAAAAGAAGUUAAUCUAUAUUUAGUUCCACUUCACCUAUAUACACGUUAUUACAUCACCUUGUCUACUCCAGUCCAACCAUUUUUGUGUUUGCAUGUCUAUAUUUUCAUUUAAAUCAUAGUGAUGAAUUUCACAAAAGUACCUUUGCUCGUAUUAUAUGUAUUUAUAAUUUGUUUUCUGCUGUAAGAAAAUGGCAGGGGUCUGACACACUGGAUGCUGUAAACUGUCAACUGUCUUGGCAGUCAUGUUCAAAUUUGCCAAUAAAGGAGUUUCCACUUUG